AGUUUAGGGAAAGGCCGGAUUUGAGUCUCUAAAAGAGCCUGACGACUGUCUAAUAAUCGAUCACUUUCAUGUCCCUAAAGUCGCCUAAGUAUUACUCGCCUCUGUAGGAUAAUGGGCUUGUAGCGGUGGCCCUUUGCGGCGGGUUUCUCAUCAGGCAGUGCAGUGGACGACCCCGGCAUAAGGGGUCCUCAAGCACCUGAAGAUUGACGGCAGACCGCAGGGAUGGCGGCCGAGCAGGGUGGGUGGCUGCGGCCGGCUCUGGCGCUGCGCUUGCUGCUGGCGACUGCGUUUCAAGCGGUGUCUGCUUUCAGGGCAGAAUUUUCCUCAGAGGCGUGCAGAGAGUUGGGCUUCUCCAGCAACUUGCUCUGCAGCUCUUGUGAUCUUCUUGGGCAGUUUAGCCUGCUUCAGCUGGAUCCCGAUUGCAGAGGGUGCUGUCAGGAAGAAGCGCAGUUGGAAACCAGAAAGCUGUAUGCAGGAGCCAUCCUUGAAGUCUGUGGAUGAAAAUUGGGGAGGUUCCCUCAAGUCCAAGCUUUUGUCAGAAGUGACAAGCCCAAACUGUUCAGAGGUCUGCAGAUCAAGUAUGUUCGAGGUUCAGACCCUGUACUAAAGCUUUUGGACGACAACGGGAACAUUGCUGAAGAACUAAGCAUCCUCAAGUGGAACACAGACAGUGUGGAAGAGUUCCUGAGCGAGAAGUUGGAACGCAUAUAAGCCUUCUGUUGUUGUACUUUUGUUACUAUCAAAUGAACUAUCACAGCACCUAGAAGAUAAUUUAGUUUUGCACGCUUACAUUGGCCAGUCUUCUAAUUAGAAGUUGAAGUAGCACCACAGCCCAUAAUAUGCAAGGAUCUGGCAAGCUUGACAAACGCGUUUCUUAGAAAUUUCUGUUCUUCUGCACUUGUUGAUAUCAUCAGUGAAAUGCUUUGUAAGAGGCUUCUGGUCAAUUAUGCAAAUAAUAGUUUGUGAUAAUUGGUCCAGUUUUAUAAACAAAGGAAUUUUAAAUAAGGGAAGCUAAUAAAGGAGAUGCCUCCCUUGCUGUGUGCUCUUUUGAAAGCAAUUGACGGAGAGCUACAAAACAAGUAGGAUACACUGAGCCUCAACAAUGUGCCUGCUCCCCAGAGCUCUCAGAUCUUUUGUAUUGCUCAACUUUCUUUUUAGUAAAAGUGUUUGUAGUUUAUAAUGAAUGUGCCACAUAAAAUUUUUGUAGCCUUAUUAUUAUGGAACAGACUGAAGAUCUACAGUAAGAGUGUAGUACUCAUAAAGGUUUGCAUUAAUGAGGAUUACACAGAAAACCUUUAAGGAUUUGUGUAGAUCUGAUAAUUGGCAAACUUUUUAAAAUAUUCUUACAGAAGAGUUCCGUUUACAUAUGUUCACUUAUUGGACCAAAAUAUAAAUAAAAACUUUAAAACA